AUGGCGGACGAUAAUAACCCUGAGCUCCACGCCGCUUUGCGGGACCUCGAUAAAGAAUUGGAGGAGGGUGAUAUUACGGAGAAGGGUUACCAGAAGCGGCGUACCGUUCUCCUCUCGCAGUUCUUUGGCCCUAAUAUGGCCCUGGAUUUUGGCACUCCCACAUCAGGACAUGCACCUUCGUCGUCGGUGACAAGCUCGACCAAUCCUCCGCAAGCCAUCCUCAAUGUCCGGCCACCAACGGCCGAGUCUACAAGCCAGGGCGGCCCCUCGCAGCCCUUCUCCAACGGGCGUGAUAGUUACAACAACGGAAGCCUCGGUUAUGAACGCAGGAUUAGUGGAGAUACACAGGGCUCCUAUGAGAGAGAUAGUAUGCUGCUACCUGCCGACCGGGCCCCUUCGGCAGCAUCCUACGAUUCUCUCUUCCUGCCAAAGAACCAACCUGCACCUCCUGUGCAGGAGAACUCAAGAACAGCGACGCUUUUAAGCCAGAACUAUGCGUUCAACCCCGGCUAUCACCGCGAGAGUUAUGAGGAGCCUGUCGGAGGCUAUGAAGUGCCGCCCGGUGGGGUCACGCGACAGUCGACAAUGCUCGAUUCACAACAGGGAUUUUUCUCUGAUUUUGCUGGCCAACAGCAGGAUGAUUAUCGGGAUAGCUACGGUGGCGGGUUUCACCGCUACUCUCAGUCGGAUACGUUCUCUCCUACGGCGAAUAUGGCACCGCCGCUGAUUCCCGCCUCUGAUCUCCAUCAUGGGCCGGCACUCGCUCACCUUCAACCACUGGAGCCUCGCGAUAUCCCAUUUGCUGUACAGGACCCGCAUGACAAGAAUACGCCAAUGUCGAAUUUCGAUAACAUUCCCGCCGUUCUUCGACACCGUGCUCGAGUACAUUCGAAACAGCCUGCGUAUUGGGUAUUGGACCAAAAGGGCAAGGAAAUCGCAUCCAUCACAUGGGAUAAAUUAGCCAGUCGCGCUGAAAAGGUGGCGCAAGUUAUCCGUGAUAAGAGCAAUCUAUAUCGUGGGGAUCGAGUGGCUUUAAUAUACCGGGAUUCCGAGCUCAUUGAAUUCGCCGUUGCCCUGAUGGGUUGUUUCAUUGCCGGCGUGGUUGCUGUUCCCAUCAAUAGUCUUGAGGACUAUCAGAGUCUUAACCUUGUUCUCACAUCAACUCAGGCUCAUCUUGCAUUGACGACAGAGAACAACCUCAAAAGUUUUCAAAGAGACAUUACAGCGCAGAAACUCAACUGGCCCCGGGGAGUAGAGUGGUGGAAGACCAAUGAAUUCGGGAGCUAUCACCCGAAAAAGAAGGACGAUACGCCACCGCUUGUGGUUCCCGAUUUGGCUUAUAUCGAGUUUUCACGGGCACCUACAGGCGAUCUUCGCGGUGUGGUCAUGAGCCACCGGACGAUCAUGCAUCAAAUGGCUUGUCUCAGCGCGAUUGUCUCCACCGUGCCUGUGUCUUCGAGCAUGGCUAGGCCACGUAGUGAGACAAUCAUCAGCUAUCUUGACCCGAGACAAGGCAUUGGUAUGAUAUUAGGCGUACUAAUGGCCGUAUAUGGCGGCCAUACCACCGUCUGGCUCGAGGACCGGGCAGUCGAAACACCGGGCCUUUAUGCCCAUCUUAUUACAAAGUAUAGGGCGACUAUUAUGGCUGCCGACUAUCCGGGACUCAAGAUUGCUGCUUACAACUACCAGCAAGACCCAAUGGCGACCCGGCAUUACAAGAAGAAUUCCGAACCAAACUUCGGAAGCGUAAAGCUUUGCCUUAUAGAUACGCUCACAGUCGAUCCAGAGUUUCAUGAGAUCCUUGCAGAUCGGUGGCUAAGGCCCAUGAGGAACCCGAGGGCUAGGGAGAUUGUUGCGCCAAUGCUAUGUCUUCCUGAGCACGGCGGUAUGGUCAUCAGUGUGCGGGACUGGUUAGGCGGCGAGGAACGCAUGGGCUGUCCCUUGACCCACGAGAUGGACCCACCUGAGCGUGAGGACAGCAAGAAGGAGGAGAAGAAGUCGGGGAAGGAUAACAACAGUGGGUUUGGCAGCAGCUUACUGGGCGGUGGUUCCCCUGCGCCAGCCCCGCAAGAGCAAGGAAAGACUGAGCUUGGGGAGGUUCUUUUAGACAAAGAGGCCCUCAAGAGCAACGAGAUUGUUGUCUUGGCCAUGGGUGAGGAGGCUAGGAAAUUUGCACCAACCAUGCCUCACGCUGUGCGUGUCGGUGCUUUUGGCUAUCCCAUCCCUGAUGCCACACUCGCUGUCGUCGACCCUGAAACCAACUUGCUGUGCACUUCAAAUGUGAUUGGCGAGAUUUGGGUGGAUUCUCCAUCUCUUUCUGGUGGCUUCUGGGCAUUGCCGAAACACACAGAGGCUAUCUUCCAUGCACGCCCUUACAAAUUUGAAGAUGGAAACCCGACCCCAGUCCUGGUCGAGCCCGAAUUUCUUCGGACGGGCCUUCUUGGCUGUGUCAUCGAGGGCAAGAUAUUCGUGCUGGGUCUUUAUGAAGACCGGCUUCGCCAGAAAGUUGAGUGGGUUGAACACGGGCAGGAGAUCGUUGAACAUCGUUAUUUCUUCGUUCAGCAUAUGAUUGUCAGCAUUCUGAAGAAUAUCCCCAAAAUCCAUGACUGCACGGCCUUUGAUGUUUUUGUCAACGAAGAACAUCUUCCGAUUGUUGUCUUAGAAUCAUAUGCGGCAUCAACUGCACCGACUACUUCGGGUGGUCCUCCACGGCAACUGGACUCUGUUCUUCUUGAAUCACUGGCCGAAAGAUGCAUGGAAGUUCUCUACCAGGAACACCACUUGCGAGUUUACUGCGUGUUGCUCACAGCUCCCAAUACCCUUCCACGUGUAACGAAGAACGGAAGACAGGAGAUUGGUAACAUGCUGUGCCGCAAGGAAUUCGAUGCCGGGUCACUACCAUGCGUGCAUGUCAAAUUCGGUGUCGAGCGCUCGGUCCUCAACCUGCCAGUCGGGGUCGACCCGGUCGGUGGUAUUUGGUCUCCGCUGGCCUUGAUGUCACGGCAAGAAAUGCUUGCCCUGCAAGAGAAACAAUACUCGGGCGUUGACUACCGUGAUGUAGUCAUGGACGACCGUACCUCAACACCCCUUAACAACUUCUCGACUAUCGUGGACCUUCUCCAAUGGCGUGUUUCUCGACAGGCCGAAGAAUUGGCUUAUUGUUCCAUCGACGGCCGUGGAAAGGAAGGCAAAGGCAUCACUUGGAAGAAGUUCGAUCUGAAGGUCUCUGCUGUCGCGAUGUACCUGAAAAACAAGGUAAAGGUUCGGUCUGGAGAUCAUUUGAUCCUGAUGUACACCCACUCGGAAGAAUACGUCUACGCUAUUCACGCCUGCUUCUGCUUGGGUGUCGUUGCCAUUCCCCUUGCUCCUAUUGACCAAAACCGCCUCUCCGAAGACGCCCCGGCUUUCCUUCAUGUCAUCAACGACUUCCAUGUCAAGGCCAUCAUUGUUAACAGUGAUGUCGACCACGUUCUCAGACAGAAGCUUGUUUCUCAGCACAUUAAGCAGUCCGCGCAAGUGCUCCGGAUCGGGGUCCCGGCUAUCUACAACACCACGAAACCUGCAAAGCAGUCACAUGGCUGUAGAGACCUUGGAUUUACCGUGAAGGACACAUGGCUACGUAGCAACCAGGCAGCUCUAGUGUGGACCUACUGGACUCCGGACCAAAGAAGAAUCUCGGUUCAUAUCGGUCACGAUACUAUCAUGGGGAUGUGCAAGGUGCAGAAGGAAACAUGCCAGAUGACUAGCUCCAGACCAGUUCUAGGUAGUGUGCGAAGCACCUUGGGUCUAGGAUUCCUUCACACCUGUCUGAUGGGUAUCUAUGUUGGAGCGCCAACCUACCUUGUCUCACCUGUCGACUUUGCUCAGAAUCCCAUGACGCUCUUCGUUACCCUUUCGCGCUAUAAGAUCAAGGACACAUACGCUACUAGCCAAAUGUUGGACUACGCAAUGAGCGCGAUGGCUGGCAAGGGCUUCCAGAUGCAGGAGCUGAAGAACUUGAUGAUAUCUGCCGAGAGCCGGCCACGAGUCGAUAUUUACCAGAAAGUGCGCCUCCACUUUGCUUCCGCCAGUCUGGACCGCACCGCCAUCAACAUUGUGUACUCUCACGUCCUCAACCCGAUGGUUGUCACCAGAUCCUACAUGUGCAUUGAACCUGUCGAGCUCUGGCUCGAUAUCCGGUCUCUACGCCGUGGACUGAUCUGUCCCGUAGAUCCGGAUACCGAUCCCACUGCUCUUGUCCUUCAAGACUCAGGUAUGGUUCCGGUGAACACGCAAAUCGCUAUCGUGAACCCCGAGACAUGUACUCUGUCCCAUGUCGGUGAGUAUGGUGAGAUUUGGAUCCAAUCGGACGCUUGUGCCAAGUCGUUCUACGGCUCCAAACAGGAAUUCGACAUGGAGCGCUUUAAUGGUCGAGUUGUGGAUGGGGACCCUAAUGUCGCCUAUGUGCGCACUGGCGAUCUGGGUUUCCUUCACACGGUCACAAGACCUAUCGGCCCCGGUGGUCAGCCUGUCGAGAUGCAAGUGCUUUUUGUCCUCGGAGGAAUCGGGGAGACGUUUGAAGUCAAUGGACUGAAUCAUUUCCCGAUGGACAUUGAGUAUUCUGUGGAGCGGUGCCACCGCAAUAUCGUGUCUGGAGGAUGUGCUGUGUUCCAAGCAGGAGGUCUUAUCGUGGUUGUCGUUGAGGUCACAAGAAAGGCUUAUUUAGCAUCUCUCGUCCCUGUGAUCGUCGACGCCGUCCUCAACGAGCAUCAAGUUAUCGCCGAUAUUGUGGCAUUCGUCUCCCACGGAGACUUCCCCAGAUCCCGUCUCGGUGAGAAGCAACGUGGUAAGGUACUAGCGUCCUGGGUUACUCGAAAGCUGCGGACAAUUGCUCAGUUCAGCAUCCGUGACAUGGAGGGGCCUGAGAACCCUUUUGCUGAGGCUCCUCAGCACCGUGUCAGCCGGGGCUCGAAGCCCGGAAGCACCAUGGGUAACAGCACUCGACGAUCCACCGUCGUGCCGGAAAGUGACUUUAUGCCGCGGUCCCCUGCACCAGUCCUGGUCGAACAGUCCGAAGCAUCAAUCGGGUCAUAUUCCGCCAUGGUAGAGCCCAGCCUCAACAGCCCUACUGGCACGAUGCCCGAAGGUGGUGCGCCGGCCGUGCCGCACAUCUCCGAACCGUCCCGGCCGACCAGUGCCUCGACGAACGGGGCUCCUGCUGUGCCACGGAAAGAGCUGCCCACAACAAUCAGCAACCCGGACUUCGGCUUUGAUUUUGGUGACUUUGCCAACUCAGCCUCGGCGGGCUCACUCACCGACCCAACCGUCGCCGGCCCUGUCGCCGAAAGUCUCCCGUACCGCAAUCACGCGCCGCAGCGCGCCCCAAGCAACGGGGGCUUCCCCGUCCGAUCGGAUUCGUACAACCACAAACCCCUCGCAGACCCAAUGGAGGGAAGCACCGGCGACUGGCCUCAAGAAGCUCUCAUGUACCAGGCCAACCUGGGAUACGAUGACGGCCACGGAGUCAACCGCAACCACAUCUAG